GAAUUAGCAUCGUGCCGACGCACAACUUUGCCGAGGCCCAACGAGAUCCAGGCGCGCGCGCCGGAGGAAAUAUAGUCCCUGCCCGCGGGAGGCUCAAGCGGGAGGCGGCGGCGGCGGCUGGGCGGGCGCGCGCGGGGCUCCCGGCGCCGGGGGGGCCAUGCGCCGGGCCGCGCCGGCAGCCCGGGGACCCGGCGCAACUUGCCGGGCAGCCUGAGGAGUUGGUGCAGCCGCAGGCUCGGCGCCGCGGCGCCCGGAAGCCUUUCUUCCCCCUCGCCAGCCCCCUUCCCUUUCGGCCGUGGGGGAGGGGGCUUGUGUCCCCCCAACCCAGCCCGGAGGCCGCGUCCGCCCGCGCCCGCUCUGGCCCCCGCGAAGCCGCGCAACUUCCCGGGAGCCCGGGCCAAAGUGAGCGCAAAGUGCUGCCCAAGUUGCCGGGAUGGAGCUGCAGAGCCGGCCCGAGGCGCUCGCCGUGGAACUCGCGCGCCACCAGAACGGCGACCUCAAGAAGCAGCUCCACGAAAGGCAGCCGCGGAUCGCCGCGCUCAGCGACAAACAAGCUUUGGGAACGAUCACUGCAGUGCCUGUCACGGGUCCUCAGGUCAGCUCCUUGCAGAGGUUGGCCGGGCAAGGAGCGGCAGUGCUACCUCAGGUUAGGCCAAAGACUCUGAUUCCAGACAGCCUCCCCGUUGCCCCAGGCCGGGACCGGCCACCCAAGCAGCCCCCAACAUUCCAGAAGGCCACCGUGGUCAGCGUGAAGAACCCCAGCCCAGCCCUCCCCACCGCCAACAACACUGUCAGCCAUGUGCCAGCGCCCGGCAGCCAGCCCCAGGCCCUUGCCGAGCCCGCCGCCCUCGCCUCUCCGCUGAGCAGUGCAGGGGUGGCCUAUGCCAUCAUCUCCACCUCCCCCAGCAAUGCCACUGCCAUGGCCCCCAGCACCGCUGUGUCUGUGGUCAGCGACAGCAUCAAAGUCCAGCCCCUCCUCAUCAGUGCUGACAACAAGCCUCCUCCACUCCUUCCCUCUUCCCCUCACCCUGCAACCCGUCACUGUCCCCUCCACCCCUCCUCUCUUCCCCUCACCCCUCCCUCCCCAUCACUGUCCCCUUCACCCCUCCAUGGCAUCUUCCAGGUCAUCAUCAUUCAGCCUCAAGUGCAGACGCAGCCCGAGAACACGGCGGAGUCGCAGCCGCCCACAGAGGAGCCAUCUCAGGGAGCUCAGGCCACCAAAAAGAAGAAGGAAGACCGGCCCCCGACCCAGGAGAACCCCGAGAAAAUCGCCUUCAUGGUAGCGCUAGGCCUGGUUACCACGGAACACUUGGAAGAAAUCCAGAGCAAGCGACAGGAGCGGAAGAGAAGAAGCACAGCCAACCCUGCCUACAGCGGCCUCCUGGAAACUGAGAGGAAACGGCUGGCCUCCAACUAUCUCAACAACCCCCUGUUCCUCACAGCGAGAGCCAAUGAGGACCCCUGCUGGAAGAACGAGAUCACCCACGAUGAGCACUGUGCCGCCUGCAAGCGAGGGGCCAACCUGCAGCCCUGUGGCACCUGCCCGGGGGCCUACCACCUCAGCUGCCUGGAGCCGCCCCUCAAGACAGCGCCCAAGGGCGUGUGGGUGUGCCCCAGGUGCCAGCAGAAGGCCUUAAAGAAAGACGAGGGUGUGCCCUGGACUGGGAUGCUGGCCAUCGUGCACUCUUAUGUCACCCACAAGACAGUCAAAGAAGAGGAGAAGCAGAAGCUGCUGCAACGAGGCAGUGAACUGCAGAACGAGCACCAGCAGCUGGAGGAGCGGGACCGGCGGCUGGCAUCAGCAGUGCAGAAAUGCCUGGAGUUGAAGACAAGCCUGCUGGCCCGCCAGAGGGGCACCCAGUCAUCCCUGGACCGCCUGCGGGCCCUCCUGAGACUGAUACAGGGCGAGCAGCUGCUCCAGGUCACCAUGACGACCACUAGCCCCGCCCCACUGCUGGCCGGGCCCUGGACCAAGCCCUCGGUGGCAGCCACACACCCCAGCCUCCAGCACCCCCAGGGCCACAACUGACCCCGAGGGACCAGUCUUCACACCCACGGAAAGUUACUGGGGCCCUGCUUACACAGCCUGGGGGUUCUGUCGGCCUUAAUUCAUAAACACUAUGAAUUUCAGACAAAAAUUAACCAGACAGAGGAGAGGAGGGAGAAAGAGUUUGGCGAGAGGCCUAGGGCCAGGACCAGGUGGGGGUGCGGCCCUGUGCCCUCCAUAUUCACAGGGAGUACCUAGGAGCCAGGUGGGGGUACGACAGGCUGGGGCACACAGCCCCACCCCCGGCCACCUCGGGGCUGCCUGGGCCUCCGGCUUCCAGGCCCUGUUCUCCACGGCCUCCCUCUGGCCCGUUGGAGGGGCAGGCUGAGGCUGUGGAGGGGACAGGCACACCGCCCAGCGCGCAGUCUCCACUGAGGGCACCGCCUCUUGGUGUCCUGUGGGAGGGGGAGCUGAGAACACAUGGACUAGCUGAGUGGUAGAGGUAGUUGGGACGAGAAGUGGGGUAGCGGAUCUAGGUAGUUCCCCAAUGCCCCAUGCUCCUAGGAGGUCCACCUGGGGCGGGCGGGCGGGCCGGGGGCACUCCGUCGCCUUUGCAAAACCACGUGGGCCCCUUUCUGUCAGUAUUAUUAGGGUUACGAAUUGCAGCUGUUUAACUUGAAAGACAUUGUCGGAGGUGAGCGUGUCUGGGCGCCGGGACGCUGCAGUGAUCCCCGCCAGGGCCUCUGCCCUUCCUGCUCCGUCUUUGGGGCCCUCAAGGCUGCCUCCUUCCUUUUGCCAAUCUCUUGGACUCAGUUUGCCAUUGAUGCGUUUUUCUUAUGGAGUUUCUGGGCAGAGUGGAGCUGCAACCCUGUUUUGGGGGGGGCAGCAUUUGGCAGGUUUUCUUUUUGGGGUUGAAUCAUUCAACUUAACGACUGAAGCCUUUUCUUGUCUCCUUUGGAAGAGCCGAUAAGUAUUCCACUCCUCCCUUCUUGCCAGUGCAGACACUAUGCCAAAAAAUAACUUCACACUUUUGUAUGGUGUUUUUAUUGUGAGAUAUUUAAUGUGAACGGUGGGGGGGACUCCGGCUGACUUCCUUUUCUGCUUCUAGUGGUCUCUGCUUCAAGGUACAAAUGGGAACACCUCCCCUCGGGAAGCCUGGCCAAGCUGGAGGAUCCAGCAGGUGUUUUAAGAGCCAGGCGGAGGGUUGGGGAGGAAAGAAAGGGCGGUGGUCUUGGGAGGUUCUGGCCUUUGGGGACCAGCCUUGCUGCCAAGGGCUUCUGCAUCCAGGGUGGGCAGUGCCGGCUUGUCACCCUCGCCCGAUUCCCACAUCCCGGUCCUGAGGGACUUAGCACAACAGGAGAAGCGUCCAGGAGCCACGGGCUCCCACCCCGAGCAUAUCACAUGGUGCCGAAUUGCACUGAACACGCGUGUGUGCGUCGCACGCUGCCACGACCACAGACAUGCUUGCACACACGCAGAGGUGCAGAGCGAGGAGGCCGGCAAAUCCUGCAGCUGCCACGGUCCCUCCUGUCAUUCUCACGACUCCGGGAGAAACUGUGCUGUAUGAUACAGAUCUAUUUUAAUACACUUAACACUGGGUGAACAAGAUUUUUAUAUUCUUUUAUUGAUGAACAAAGUGAACCGUGUGAGGCACACGUCUUCUAUAUUGGCUACUCUGUGCCAAGUAUGCAUUACCGCGUGGCUUGCGAUGUCCAUGUCUUCAGCUUCCUUUUCUGUUGGUUUGGUUUUCUUUGCGGAUGGAUUGAGUUUCAUGUUUUAACAGUGUAAUGGGAGGAUAUGAAAGGUUGGACCCGGGAGGGGUAGCUGCCGACGUGUCUUGAGAUUGUUAGUUUUUUUUGGACCAAGGAGGACCGUCCAGUGGGUAGUGAGGAUAGAGAAAAAGUGUUUGUCUUAAAUACGCCAAUGUAGUUUUCCUUCUUUACAAUGCAUUAAAGUCGAUCGAUGAUUUCAAA